AUGCUUUUGGCUAUUGGACUUUCACCAUUUAGGGUGCAGCAUUCCACCUCUUUGCCUAGCAGCACGACACUUGUAUUGCUCUCCUAUAACCCCCCGUUUUCACGGUUUAGUAGCAAGAAGCCCCAAAUCCUUGAUUUGGCUAGGAAAGACCGCACUGCUUUGGGCCCAGGAAACGAAGGGAAUGAGCUUGGCUAUUUCUCCACACUACUCUUUUUUUGUGCUCGUUCCGCAUGCGCUUCGCACGUUAGUGGCACUUUGGUCUCCUCUUAUUCUUCAUUAGACGGCUCAGAUGGACUUCGCUGUUCUUUUUCAACUAAAAUAGAAAAGGCUCCCUUCAUCUUUUUGAAUCAAGACUCGGCCUUGCUUGCGUCAUUCCAACAACCGGUAGGGAGUACCUCAGUAUAUGACCGUGUGCAUGUUAAAUGGGGAAUGUGGAAAGUAAAAUUCGAUGUUGCCUUACCAACCCCAGAGAAACUCCGAAUACAGGCCUAUGCCCUCAAGCACAAGGGAGAUACUGUAGAUACAACUCUUGUAAUGCCACAAAUCACCAAGAAUGAAAGUGAACCAGUUAAAGGAGAUCGAUGGGUGGGCAAAAUUAACUUUGUUGAGAUACGCUCGUACUGGCAUAUCUUUAGGAGUUUUGAUAGAAUGUGGAGCUUUUUCAUUUUAAGCUUACAGGCAAUGAUCAUCAUUGCUUGGAAUGGAUCGGGGGAACUUAGUGCAAUUUUUGAGGGAAAUGUGUUCCUGAAAGUAUUGAGCAUCUUCAUAACAGCUGCAAUAUUAAAACUUGCUCAAGCUGUCCUUGAUAUAAUUAUGAGCUGGAAAGAAAGUCGCAGCAUGUCAUUGCAUGUGAAGUUAAGAUAUCUAUUAAAGGCUCUGUCCGCUGCGGCUUGGGUAAUCAUUUUACCUGUGGCCUAUGCAUAUAGUUUGAAAAAUUCAUCUGGAAUUGGACAGACCAUCAAGAAUUGGUUUGGCAAUAGUCGAAGUUCGUCUUCUUUGUUAAUCCUGGCAGUUCUUAUUUACUUAUCUCCAAACAUGCUCUCUGCAUUGUUAUUUCUGUUUCCAUUCAUCCGCCGCUAUUUAGAAAGGUCGGACUUUAAAAUCUUGAGGCUCAUGAUGUGGUGGUCUCAGCCUCGGCUUUAUGUUGGAAGGGGGAUGCAUGAGAAUACUCUCUCUCUUUUCAAGUACACUAUGUUUUGGGUUCUACUCUUAGUGGCUAAGUUAGCAUUCAGUUACUACAUUGAGGUGAUUUUAUCCUUCAUCUUCAGUUGCUAUGAUUGCUUGUAG